AUCACAAAAGUCAUUGCUGAGUACGAUACCUAGAUAUUUACCCCAAGGCCCAGAUUAUUGACAACCACUGAGAAAAGGAUGAUCUGGAGAUAUCGCAGACGGGUAGACAAGGAAAAUCGUCAGGGGGAGGAGGAUUCGUGGUCGUGGCUGUCCAACACCAUAGCAUGGGUUCAAAAUACCCCAGUCCCAUACCAUCCUCGCGACGUCACCACCACCCCUACAACCUCAACCACUUCCAUCGCAUCGACCACCUUAACAACUACCGGUACUGCUGGCUCUGGCACCAACCUACCGCCUAGCUUUGCAUCGGUUGCGCCGCGUUCUCAUCAUCUUCGAUUUCAACAGUCCUACUCUAUCCUCCAGUCCCGUUCACCGUCUGAAGACGGUUCCAACGAAUCGGAGCGUUUUAGCUUCAUUACUGCCGCCGGUUCUCAAACAUCUCUAAUAACUUUCUCCACAGCUGGUUCUAUGUGGGAGGAUAACAACCCGCUACCAUAUGACCGUCGGUCGUCUACCUCAUCGUUCCGUGCACCAGGAUACGAUUCUCCCCAUGCAGGAAGUGAUACAGAGCCGCCAGAUUUCCUUACCAGGCCACCCCAUACACCUCCGGAAACCUCAGGAGACGAAGCCGGGAGCAAACGUGGCGAUGAGGAUGAUGAGGAUGAGGAUGAGGAUGGAAAUGAGCAAUAUCGACAACAGCGAAGAGAUCAAGUUUACAAUUCUCGAGUAGAGCAAACUCUUCUGGAAUAUAGAGACCCCCCAAUUGCCAUCACCGAUGCGGGGAAGAAUUCUGAGGGUAGUGGCGGUUUUAUUGUAUACACCAUCAGAACGGGGGAUUUAGAAGUCCGCCGCCGAUACUCUGAAUUUGAAUCGCUCCGUAGAAACCUUUCCUUACUCCAUCCUUGCCUUAUCGUUCCUCCCAUUCCGGAAAAACACCAGGUCUCCGACUACGUUGCGGCUCCUACCAGUGCGAAGGAGAAUGUCAACAUCAUUGAUCACCGGAAGCGAAUGUUGGGUGUGUUCUUGAAUAGAUGCGCUAGGAUGCGUAAAAUUCGGGAAGACAGUGUAUUUCAACGGUUUCUGGACCCUAAUGCGAGCUGGAGCGAAGUACUGCAUUCAGCGCCAAUUUCAAAUUUGCCGAAACAACAUCUCAGGGCUCCUCCCCUUAACCCUUCCAGUCCAUCACCGGCUCAUCAAUUUUUACCUCUUCCAUCGGCUUCUGCAAAGCUCAAAAAUACUUCUAUCUCUCCUCCUUCAUCGUCCUACGACCCUUAUUUUAACAGCUACGAAUCAUCUACGCGGGUUUACGAGAGCUUGCUCACAGGUUCUAUCGAGCGUGUAAACCGUAGAAUCUUGAAACGGUUAUCUGAGCUCUCCAUUGAUUACCACGAAUUGGGUGCUAGGUAUAAUGCGUUCUCGUUGUCAGAGUCUGGGGAUCUUGCGUCUGCGAUUGAAAAAAUAGGGCAGGCUGUCGAUAGCUCCUAUAUAGCUACAGAGGGGUUGGCUCUAGUUCUUGGAUCUGGAUUCGCAGAGCCUUUGCGUGAAUCUGCUCAGUUCGCUGGGGUAGUGCAAAAGGUCCUUCGUUACCGGGUUCUGAAGCGCGUUCAGGAGGAAAUAACAAGAGAUCUAUUGCACCAAAAGCGGACACUACUUCAAGGACUUGAAAGAUCGGAGAUGGAAGCCAGGAGAAUUGAGCAAUACCUUCACGGUGGAUCAGGCUUUGAGGGCUCUAGUGCUGGGAGUGUAGAGCCGUCUGCGAGGGCUGAUGACGUGGAAUCAAUUGACUCCGGAGAUUUCCCCCCAACACAUAGUGACACCUCGCCGCCGCAACGCUCCAAGUCGAUAACCCAACGUUCAGUGUCUUCAUCGUCACGUGGUGGUGAGUCACAAGGGCACCGAAAAUCUCAAUCCUAUUCGCCACCAACAGCUGCUGGGAGCAGCGGCGGGGGUUUUUUAGCAAAGGGUUUUGGAAAACUAAAUUAUGCUAUCCAUGGAAUCGUCGAUGUUGAUCCUGAGAGAACUAGAAGAGACAACAUUGGUAAAACACGGGAACAACUUCAGCAAUUAGAAGCGGCAAUUGAGGCUGCUGAGAAGGAUGUCAAGGAUGCGAGCAAAGGCGUGUUAAAGGAUUUGAGGCGAUUCCAGAAAGGCAAGGAGGAGGACUUGAAGAAAAUGAUGAUCGUCUACGCUAAGUGCCAUAUCGAGUGGGCUAAGAAGAACUUGGAGGGGUGGGAAGAAGCUAAGGAGGAGGUUGAGAAGAUUCAAGCGAAAUAACCUUAAUGCCUCAACCAUUUGCGCAUUGUAGGUCGAGGGCGGUCAGGUUAUAGUGCUCUCUUAAUUGAAGGAUUUCUCUGUUAUGGCGUACAAAAACGUUUUCUUGCUACAUUGCUGGCUGGGUAGCCAAGUUAGUAGGUUUGCGCUGGGUUUCGUGCUGUACUAUUGAGUCCAAAAAUAGCAUGUCUUUCUGUCUUCCAUGCCUUCUAUAACAUGGCCUGGGGUUUUAUUUUAUUUUCCCACUAUAUUUUGCCUCUAGCUAUUAUUUGAUUUACUGGGCGCCGAAUGCUUAUAUGGUGGUAAUACUUUUUUUUUCUUUCAUUUUUUCUUUCUUUCACAAGUUGGUUGGUAUCCAUCUCGAUAUCUCUCUCACUUCGUGUUAAUCUCCCUCUCUUUCUACAGGGCUCGGCUCUAGCUCUUGGGUGCUGAUUUGUAUUAUAAAGUCCUGGUACUUAGUUGGCCUGGUUAAAGAAUGCAGAUAUAUUUGCUCCAA